UCAUAGACAAUAGAGGGAGGAAGUUUGUGAGUGAUCGAUUUUACGCCGGCCUCAUACAUUUUCAACGGCAAUUUUCUUUGUUUGCCUUUUAGCGCGUGGACAAUAUCGAUAAAGCAUCCGCGCGCCCAAAUCCAAGUAUAGAAAUGGCGAAUACGUUUCGCGGGGUGACAGUCUCCGCUGUAAACAAUGACGGCUCCCUGACGCCUAGGUUCAACUUCCCUACGAACGUAAACGUGGAUUACGAUCCACAAGGGCUGAGUGUAAAAGUGAUACGAGCUGAUCCUGUUUUGGCGCAGGAGGUGCUCGAGUUUCCCGUCCACAACCAGAGUGAGUGUUCGCGCGUAGUCGGUCAGUCGUAUAUUUUCACUAUCGACAAUGAAACUCUAUUUUUCAAGUUCGCGUCCGAAGUGGACUGCCAGAAUUUUCAUCUGCUCGUCAGUAAGAUCAAGGCGGGCAGAUCAUCGUCUGUGUUCACGGUUCGGACGGAGGAUUCAUCAGCGAUGCAGUAUUUCCAGUUUUAUGGUUAUUUGAGCCAGCAGCAGAACAUGAUGCAGGAUUAUGUCAGAACUAGUACUUACCAACGCGCGAUAUUGUCCAACAUCAACGAUUUCAAGAAUAAAGUUGUUUUGGAUGUUGGAGCCGGAUCAGGUAUUUUGUCGUUUUUCGCGGCGCAAGCAGGCGCGCGGAAGGUGUACGCUGUUGAGGCGAGUAAUAUGGCCCAUCAUGCCCAAGCGUUAGUGCGCGCGAACGGACUUCACGACCGCAUCACGGUCGUAGCGGGUAAAAUUGAAGAGAUUGAGUUACCUGAAAGUGUUGAUGUGAUAAUCUCUGAGCCUAUGGGCUAUAUGUUGUACAAUGAACGCAUGUUAGAGACCUACCUACAUGCUAAGAAAUGGUUGAAGCCAAAUGGCAAUAUGUACCCUACGAGAGGAGACUUGCAUAUAGCUCCGUUCACAGAUGACGCAUUAUUCAUGGAACAAUACAACAAAGCUAACUUUUGGUACCAAACUUGUUUCCACGGAGUAGAUUUGAGUGCUCUCCGUACAGCUGCAAUGAAGGAAUACUUCAGACAGCCUAUAGUUGAUACAUUUGACGUCCGUAUCUGUAUGGCACGGUCUGUGAGACAUGUGGUGGAUUUCUUGAAUGCACACGAAACUGAUCUUCACCGUAUUGAAGUACCAUUUAGAUUUGAAUUGACACAGUCUGGGACAUGCCACGGCUUGGCCUUCUGGUUUGACGUGCUGUUUGCUGGAGCUACACAACACAUAUGGCUGUCCACAGCUCCCACAGAGCCUCUGACGCAUUGGUACCAAGUGCGGUGUCUGUUAGAAACACCAAUAUUCGCAAAACAAGGACAGGCAUUGACAGGACGUGUGUUAUUGCUUGCUAACAAGAGACAAAGUUACGAUGUAACUAUGGAGGUUAACUUGGAAGGGACAAACAUCUCUUCGUCUAACACUUUGGACCUGAAAAACCCAUAUUUCAGGUAUACAGGAGCGCCAGCGGCUCCACCACCAGGAGUUAAUACUACAUCACCCAGUGAAACUUACUGGAAUUCUAUUGAGUCCACAGGCUCUCUAAGCAACGGUCAGGGAGUUAUAUUGACUGAUGGCACACAACAGUACUGCUCGACACCCGAUCAGACGAUCGCAUAUGGAGCACAUCCUAAUAUGAUCAAGACAGUGAUGCUGCAAGAGGAGUUCAUCAAGAGGAUCGGGAUCAGUCAAAAUGGCGACAUUUAAUCCGCGAAGUCGCGCCGCGCGCGCCUUAGGGCUAUAAGGAACCGUAAUCGGUUGUGAACUCUCUUCCGUUCAGACAUUAUAGUGUGUAAGAGAACUUAUUUAUUUCGAACGAUACAUCACAGUGACUUGACUGUAAUUAGGGAUUUAUGGCUAGCCUUGUAUAAAUUUUACAAUAGUGAAUGCACUAAGGACUAUAACACCCUGCAGUCUUAAGUUUUGUUUGUAAACUUUGAAUGACGCUUACUAGUGUAAUUCGAAACACAAUCUGCUGGUACGAAAUACUUUUUUUUUUGUAAAUAAUCCCAAUCAAAGUUUUGUGAGGAGUUUAGCAACAUGGGCUCGGCAGCUCUAGUGUAAGCGUAUAGGAGUGGGAAGUACAUUUAGGAAUAAGCAAUAAGUGCUGAAUUUUAAUGAUAAUGCUUAUCAUUGUCAAUACUCAUUUAUCAUAACUAGACUCAGCUCAAUCAUGUAGCUAUAGGUAGGGUAUCCUGAGCAAAGUCCACUACAUAAAAAAAAAUCAUUGGUUAUGAUUCAUUGUCUGCCGAUCAAAUCAACUUACAGAUUGUGGAUUACAUCUGGCAUAAUUACAUAUUGCAUAUUUUUAUAUAUAGUUUUGAUAGCCAUAAUUGUGUUAAACUUUGUAAAUAUUAAGUUAGGGUACUUGUAGUAGCUCCAUUUUUUUCUUGAUUAUCCAGUAAUCAGUAUUUUUUUUUGUGUUCCAUUUAAUUCUAGAAAUGCCUAUAGCAAUAAUAAUUCUUAGUUGUAAAUUAUAGUGUAACCACAACACCAAGACAGUUAGGGGCACAUAAGUUUUGUGAUAUUUUAUGUAUUCAAUAUCAUCAAGGAAUAAUCAAAGUUAAAUAGUAAUUAUACAAAGCCAAUUUUUCAAAAUAAAACUCAUCAAAAUAUGACAUCUUUGUAUGGAAUUGAUAUAUCAUAGAAUUUGUCCCAAAGAAAUUGUGAUUAAAUACGAUUUUCCGCAUAAAAUAGAAUUUUGAGAGAUUGGCAUAAAUGAGUUGUCAUUUCCUGAGUAUGGGUGUAAAUAUGGAUGUAAUUAAUUGUGACUGGAUGAAAUUAAUUGACGCUGAUUCUCUUAAAUAUAACUUAACUCUUGAAUGAAAAAUGUAAACUGACUUGUUAUAAGAUUAACAGUUAUAUUUUCAAGAAGAAAACUUCGCCUAGCUGAGAUCUACAAUCUUGUCCUAUAGUUAAACAGUUUAAAAUUUGGUGCUGCAACAUUUUUGCACAAAAAUAGCUCAUAACAUGACUACCUCAUGAUUUGGCAGACAAUUGGAGUUUUUAUGCCGGCUCCACACUAACGUCGAAUGUCAACGCGAAUGUAUCAAUUUUGCAUAGUUUGUAAGAGUGCUUCUAUUUACCGCAAUAGAAAACCCAGCGAUGUAUGCCGAAUCUGUCAAAAUUUGGCGAACUUUACCGCGUUAGUGUGGAGUCGGAAUUAUCAUGAAGCAAUUUAUUUGCAGUUGUUAGCAUGUCUAUUAGAAAUUACUUUAUUAUUUCUAUUAUUGGGGUGAGAUUUUAAACAUACGACAAGUAUCGAUUGUGCAUGCUUCAUAUUGGUUUCUUUUUAAGUAUAUUGUGUUACCAUUUUAUAGAGUAAACCCAAAAAAACAAUUUUUAGUUGGUUAAAGACAUACACAAUUGUUUACUGGAAUCGAAGUGUAUUAACAUUUCAAUUGACACCUAUAUACUGGUGUAGCAGCUACGUGUCUAAUUUACUUCCAGAAUAUCACCCUAGAUUAUAAUUUUCGAAAGUUUCGAAAAAAGCUAGUGAAUAUUCUACGAAAAUUUAUUUGCAUAAGUUAUGUUGUAGAUUUUUUGUGAUAUAGGUUUAUUGUCGUAAACAGAUACAUUUUCUUUGGUAUUUGUUUAUUAUGAAAUAUUAUGAAACUACUAUUUAUGAUCGCACCUACACAAAUAUUGUCUAUUGCCUAUUGUCGAUUGCUUGAAAUCUCAGCCUGUUGAAAUAGGGUUGCCAUCAUCAAAAAUCAAAAAGCAGCAUCCGCUGCUAUAUCGUAAUAAGUAGUGUUGCCGAAAAAUCGACAGGUGCACUAUCGAUAGUUGGCUUUGAAAAUCAUCUAAAUUAUCGAUAGUGCUAUCGAUGUUUCCGCUAUUGUCAAACUAUCGAUAGUGGGCUAUCGAUCGGCUAAACCAAUAAUGAUGACAUGCUUGUCGUAACUCGUGUUAUGACUUAAAAUAAGCGUAGGUAGUCAUAGUUUUAGUAAGUGACGUAGUGGGAACCCUAAAUUAAUAAAAGCCAGUGCACUUGCCAUUUGAUAUUUCGAAAAUAGUGUGUUUGAAGACACCCAUUUUUUUUUCUAAGAACAGUGCUCAAAACCCAAUGCGAACAGAAAAAGGACAUAUCAGAAUUAUUGUAACAUGUUAUUGUAAUAAUAUUACUUAAUUAGUGGAUUUGUGCUAUUAUUUUUCAAGUGGAUUUUUAUUGUUUACACACAAAAAGUUGGACUAAAUUUGAAAAAAAAAAUUGCAAUUUUAGACACUGAAUUUCAAAAUAAAUAAUACAAUCGUGAAAAUUCUAACAUGGUAUUUUUCUGUUCGCUGUGGAUUUUAUUUUUCAUACUUUUGUGAGCAUUCUUCUUACAAUGUCUUGUGUGGAUCUAACAGUGUUUAAUUUUGGUGCUGAGAGAUUCUCGUGUUGUGGCUGUGCAUGCCUUGAUUUUUCUCAAGAACUUGUCAAUACAACCUUGCUCCUCUAAACAAGUAUCCUUACAAAAAUAUAUUUAUUUUAAACUAGCGGCCCGUCCCGGCUUUGCUCGGGUAAAACCAUAAUAAAUUAUACACCUAACACUUCACCAAGAAUAUAUUAAUUUAAUUAUAUAAUAGAAUAUACUAUCUAUUAGUGAAAACCGCUGGAAAAUCCUAGAAGUAGUUUUUGAGAAAGAACUUUUUUUCUGUUGGAAUUUGUUGAAGUGUCAUAUUUGUGUAUAAAAAGCAUAGGUACUAUAAAAUUUAAUAUCAGUUUGAUAAACCAGUUCUAUCAGGAUAUAUGUUUAGAAGGGGCCUGGUACAGUUUGUCAAUAAAGAGAAAAUUUAUUUUUUUCCAACUACAAUACUUUUUUUUCGCCAUUGCAUUACCAAAUAGAAUGGUCGAGAUUGGUUGAUAAACACCCAGUGUUGCCAGCCAAUAGGACACAGCAUCUACAUUUAUUUCUUCAAUUUAUUAUCGACUAUUACAAGAGCAUGGCUGUAUAUUGUGUAUUAAAAAUUGACAUGUAUCAGUUAUUUUUUUCGCGAAUCAAAGAUAAUUAUGGUUGUGUGUAUAGAAGAAUUGAUUGAAUCAAUUAAAUUAAAUGCUGGGCUGAGUACAGACAUUGUUUUAAAAUACAACAGAAAAUUAAUAGAAAAAAAAUAAUGUACAGUCAGCAGUAAUCAAGACACACAAAAUCAUUGGAAAUUCGCCGCUAUUAUCAUUAAGUAAGGGGCCAUGCAAUUCACUUGAUAUAUGGUUGACUGUACUGUAACGAUAUUAUUUGUGACCGCAUUGUUAAAAUGUUUUAGAUGCAAGAAAGGAUAUAUUGCGAUCUCUUACUGUAGUUCGACCUCUCAUAUGUAUUGAAAGAUUUAUAUGCUGUAAUGCCUUUCAAGGCACUAGAAAGAGGUAGCGCAUCAAAUGAAAGAGACAGCAAUAUAUGCACGUACUUUGCAUCAAAAUGUUCUUGCACAGUGUGGGCAAUGAUGAUAUAAUGAAAUACUUUAAAUUUUUGACAAAUUGUAUAUGACAAACACUAUCAGUAUAAUAAUAUUAAUGUAUUAUUUACUACAAUGUCUGUAGAAUUAUAUACUAAGUUGAUUAUUUUUUGAAAAUGAAUUGGUUUAUAACAAUUUUGUUAGUCUUGACUGCGAAAAGCAAAUAUGUAGUGUAAAUUAAUGACGAAAAAUCUUAAUUUUGCAUGAUUUAUAAGGUAAAUCAAGAGAUUGAUAAGCGCUUUAAAUUAAUAAUUUAAUGGAUAGUUAUCAGGAGACUGGCAUGAAAAGCCAUUUGAGCGAUAGCGCAUGCGCACAUGUUUUUCGCGCAACCGUACCGUACCAAAAUCCUAUCGAUAUAUCAACAGCAAGACUUAUUUUCAACAUUGUCGAUAAAAAAAACUAGUCCAAGUAUCAGCCCAGUAUCGAAUUAGAACAAUUUUAUGUUUAAAAAAAAACUAGUGAAUUAAUUCUAUUUUUUUUUCAUAAAGUGGGUGCGCAGUCCAGUAUUACAAAUAGUAAUUCUUUUUUCAAAAUCGGUGCACGUCCAUUUUGUUUUUCUUUUUUUUCUAUUGUUUGACGACAAAUGAAUUGUAACUCACUUGUGUAAUAAUAAUUAUGGAAACUUUGGACGGCAAUGUUCGGUAAUUAUAUCAAGUAAUUUUAUUCUAAUCAUAAA